AUGACAAAUGCAAGAACAAAUAAAAUUAUGUCCCUGAUUGCUUCCGAGAAAGAAUCGAAAGAAGGUAGUUUUAAAAUUAAUAAGAUGUGUAAUGCGCCUUUAUCACCAAUAAAGAAGACUAAUAUCGUAAGUGAUAUUAUUAAGCCAACUGAAGUGUUUGAAAAUGAGUACAGAUCAGAUUCAUCCAGUCCGGCACCAAGUGGUGAUUUCAAAGACAUUGAGAUUUAUACACCCAUUCAAGAUAAUCAAGAUAAUAAUAGCCCACUAAGCAGUGAAAGCUCAUUUUGCAAAUUAUUGAAGUCAAAUACAUCAUCAUCAAGUCCCUCACCGUGUGGUAAUUUUGAGAACACUGAGAUUUUAACACGCAUUUAUAACACCCGCAAUCAAAAAAAGGAACCUAAUUGUGAUCUUCUAUAUAGUAUUGAGCCAUAUUCCCCUUUUGAUGACUCCGAUGCCGAUCCUACUUACACUUCUUCAGAUGAGAAAAAACAGAAGAAACGUCAUUUUAAAUCUCUCUUUUUGGAUAAAUCUGGUUUAACAAAGCAUGCUGAUCUUGGUAAAAAUAUUAAACAAAAUGACAGUUAUAAUCUUCAUCUACCAUCUACCUCCGCAUUGGAUGAGGACAUAAAUUCUUCUAGUAAAGAUCUUAACAUUGCCAUAAUCAAUGAGGAAAAUCAUUAUCAGCUAGAAAAUAUUAACAUCGAUAUUACCUCAUCAUCACGUGCCAAUUCCCAACAUUUAAUAAAAACAAAUGAUCCUGACAAAUCCAUAAAAAAAAGAAAACCUGACUUUUGCUAUUUCUGUGAAGAAGAGGUUCUUAAUUUUGCAAGACACAUUCAAAGACAUCACUGUCAUGAAACAGAUGUUUUAAAAAUUAUGUCACUUGAACCUAGCGACAAGGAGAGAAAAGUUUUAAUUAGUACCUUAAGGAAAAAAGGUAAUUAUAUUAGAAAUAUGCAAAGUUUAUUCAAGCCAGUAAGAUCAUCCAAACGUAGUGAUCGAAAUCUUUUGCCUUGUUCAAACUGCCUAGGGUUUUACUCAUCUACCCUAUUAUACAGACAUAAGAAGACUUGCAGAGGCGGUGAGGGAAGAAAUGCCCAAGCUGAUGGUCAAACUGUCUUAUCCAGCAAUUUUAAUGUUCGUGUUGAUUACCAACUUAAAGAGCAAGUGUUUCCUCGUAUGAGGCCAGAUAAAAUUAGUUUGGAAGCAAAAAAAGAUGCUCUUAUAUGUGCCUUUGGAGCUCGCUAUUUGAAGACACACAGAGAUAAACACUUUAUACCGAUAACUUCUAGAAAGAUGAGAGAACUUUCGAGACUUCUAUUAAUCUUGAAAGAAAAAGAACCCAAGAUUGGUACCCUAUUUCAAGCUCUUCAACCCCAGUACUUCGAAUUAAUUGUUCAAUCAACAAAAACUGUGUCAAAAUACGAUAAAAUAAAAGAUAUAUAUAAUGUUCCUACUUAUGCUAUGAAUUUAGCAACAUCACUUAAGCAAUGCUCACAGCCACCUGUGUGCUGUGAAAUAGCCCUCACUCUUUAUUUAACUGGAAAAGUACCAAGCCAGUCAGUAGCAGAAACAGAAGUAAAGCUCAAAAACAUGAUUCUUCUUCUUAAUACAAACUGGAGAUAUGAGAUAUCAAGCCAGGCUGGAGGUGAUCUUAACUUAAAAAAAAUGAACAAAAUCACUAUAGUUCCACUAGCCGAUGAUUUAAAAAAAUUAAAGCAACAUCUUAUUGAAAGAGCCAAAGCUUCCAUCGAAAUUUUAAAAAUUAAUCCUACUAAUAAGGAAGCAUUCAUAACAUUAAUUGAAACCAUUUACUGCAGAGUAAUUCUUCUUAACAGAAAAAGACCUGGUGAACUUCAAAGGAUAUCUGUUCAUGCUUAUUCAAGUAAUAGGUCGGAAACAAUAAAUGCAUAUGAGGAACUUGAUCCCAUUAUUUCUCCUACCGAAAAGAUUUUGCUGCAGAGCUUUAAAAGAGUCGUCAUUAAAGGGAAAAGAGGAAGAGGAGUCGCUGUAUUAUUUAGCAAAGAUGUGCAAGAACAUAUAAAUAUUGUAUUAUCCUUAAGACAAAAUUUAGUUGACGAAAACAAUCCUUAUUUGUUUGGUAAACCAGACCUACUAACACCCAUAACAGGAUACAAAGUCUUAGAAAAAUAUGCCACAUUAAGUGGGGCAAAAAAUCCUACAUCAUUAACGUGCACCAAAUUGCGAAAACAUUUAGCGACCUUAUCUCAACUAUUUUCUUUAAAUGAAACCGAAGUGGAUCAGCUAGCUACCUUUAUGGGUCACACACUUGGUGUGCAUAAAAAUUCGUAUAGACUUCCAGAUGAUGUUCACCAGACCGCCAAGAUUUCAAAGCUACUUUUACUGCUGGAAGGGGGAAACCUUGGUAAAUAUAAAGGUAAGACAUUGGAUCAAAUAGACCUAAACAUGGACGAUGACAUAUGUGACCAGAACGAAAAUAACGAUGAUAAUGAAGAUAAUGAAGAUGAACCUCAAUCUAGUUUAGCUAGAAAUUUAAAUUUUGACUUGGACAGUCCGAAAGACAUCGUUAAUUUAGACAAUGUAAAGACAACGCAUGAAAAAAUGGAAGUUAAAAAAGGGAAGAAAAGAAUAUUGGUGACGUGGACGCCUGAACAGAAAAAAACAGUUAAACUUUUUUUUUUUAAACAUAUUAAGGACAAGAAACCUCCUAGGAGGGCUGAGUGUGAAGAAUUAAAAAACACAUAUCCAAACUUAUUCAAAAACAAGGAUUGGCUUAAAAUUAAAGUUUUUAUACAGAAUAUUUAUACGAAGAAACAAAAAGAUGAUUCUGAUACUAGUUAAGCAA